CCGGUCUCACUCUCCGGGUCUCGUUCUGGUCGACAGUCUGGCUCACUGGAACACGGAGAGACUGCAGCGCAUAUAACACCAAACAAUAUCGCGUGUCCAGUUGUGCAUGGAUGCAGACAGGUGUGAGGGCAGGAACUAGUGGAAUCUAGUGGAGUGUAUACACACACACACACACAAACCAUGGCCACUGCCAGCAGAGUGGGCUCGGGAAGAGCUGGUUGGGUGGCGUUUGCAGAUGAAGCCUUCGGGACGAGCACGGAGCAUCAAGCAGAUGUGGACAGCAGCUUGCAGAGGCCUAGCCCCGCCCCUUCUGAGAACUCUUCCAGUGUCGAGCUGUUAGCCCCUCCCCCUCAGCAGAACGCAUGGGUCUUAUUCGAAGAGAAGCCCUGGCCCUCGCCCAAUCUGCAGUCGCAGGUAAAAGGUACUUCUAGACACAGUGUCUGUUCCACGGCCAGUUUCUGGAGUGCCGUCCCGCCCUCAGAGAGCAGCUGGACCCAAUCAGAACCAGGCUCAGUCUGGACCACACAAUCAGGGAAGAGCUCUGUGAGCAUGGGGGCGUCAUCUUGUGACCUUCCCUCCCUAAACGCAGAGGAACGGCACAAUGAGUCGUCAUCCCGACCCCAGUCACCCAAUUUGUCAGUGUUCCAAGAGGAUGAAGGUAUAGAGAUGGAUUCAGUCAGCUGGACUUCCAACACCAAACUCCCCGGCACCCAAUCAGAAACCCCCAUUUCCUCUGGACGCUUCUCCUCCUGGGUGACCUUCGACGAUGACGAGGAGGACAAGCCCCACCACCUGGAGCAGCCAUCCCACACACGAUUGGAUGAUCUCAGCCACUUCCAGGAUGCCAACAGUAACCUGAUUGGUUCUCCUCCCAACGUUUGGAAGCAGAACGGGAACCAGCAGAACCAGAACCGCCACCUCCUGGACCUGACGCCAGACGGAAACCCUCCUAGAUCCCUUCUGAUUGAACCUAGAACCGCUCCCCUGCUCCCCGGUAGGACUAAACCUUACACCAAGAAGAACCCUUUCCUGUGUGAAGAGUUCAAUGACAUCCAGCCCUCUCCCAUUAACCCCUUUAGUUCCUACUUUGACUGUAAACAGGAAGUGGCAUCAGAGACGAUCCAGAGUAAUGGCUCCGCCCACCACCUGGAGAGCUCUCCCUGUGCCUUCUCCUUUAGCUCUCCUUUCUUCCAGUCUUUCAGCUCCCACAGCCAAGAGGCCAAACGAGAGUCCAUUCUCGUCUUCUCUUCCGAGUUUGAGCCCACCAGAGGAGGAGGGGAAGAGACAGUCAGCCAUGUCACUCCUCCCUUAGACAGACUAGACCUGGAUCAGCUGAGAAACCUCCAGAUCACAGACCCAGACGAUCCAGGCAGCCCUACUUUGCCUGAUGACUCAGUGGAGGAUGCGGAGGAGGCAAAGGAAGAAGAUGGGUUGGAGGGAGAGGAUGAGGGCACCCCCUACCUCCCAGAUCACAUGACCCCCCAAGAUGGCUGGGCCAUGCUGCUCCGUAUACCAGAGAAGAAGAACAUCAUGUCGUCACGCCACUGGGGGCCUAUCUAUGUCCGUCUGUCUGACGACGGCGUGCUCCAGAUGUUCUACGAGAAAGGUCUGGAAAAACCCUUCAGGACCCUGAAACUGGACCCUCGCUACGAGGCGGCUGAGCACCGCCUGCAGAAUUACGAAGAAGCCGGCCGCGUCCACACGCUCAGUGUGGACCUCGUCCAAUACCGCGAGAGGAGGCGAAUCCAGCCGAAGUCACCCGUCACCCACCAGCCAAUCCGUGAGCAGCUGGUGAAGCUGGGCACCACCUGUUACCACGACUUCCUGAGUUUUCGUCAUGCGCUGGUGGAGGUGCUGAGGCGGUUGCCGGCAGUGACAGGUGGGGCGUUGACGGGGUCGCCCAUAGGGGCGGGGCUGACAGAGGAGGAGGUUCAGGUGGAGGUGAGGGACGAGUUCUACGGGACGGUCGCUGCGGGAGAUGGGAGGAUUCUGAAGCAGCUUGUGAUGACUCGUGUGCACGUGCUGGCCUUCAUCUCUGGGUCGGCAGGCUGCCGCCUCGGACUCAAUGAUGUGCAGGUCAAAGGUAAGGAGGUGGUCUCCAGACACGACAUCAUCCCCAACACCACCACCCGCUGGAUCCGCUUACGUGACUGCGAGCUUCAUGACGAACACGCAGACGAACUAGAGUUCCUGUCGUCACGCCAAGUUGUCUUCACACCGCCACCCUGCCGCCGCUUCCAGCUGCUCGCCUUCCACACGGCCUUCGCUGAGAAAACCCUCCCCUUCACGCUGCGCACUGUUGCCUCCGUCCGCGGCGCCGAGGUCACUCUGCAGUCCUGGCUGCUGAUGUCACAGGGGUUCUCGUCCAAUCGGGACACGUUGAACCUCAUCCCCUGCGAGAAUGUGGCGAUCCGCUACCCCAUCCCUGAGAUUUGGGCCAAGAACUUCCGUCGGGACGGGGUGAUGGGGGAGAGGUCACUGAAGGCGAGGUUCAACAAGGGUGCCAGCUUCGGCACGGCGAGUACUUCCGGGUCAGAGCCAGUGAUGAGGGUGACCCUUGGCACGGCCAAGUAUGAACAGGCUUUUAAAGCUGUGGUGUGGAGGCUCAGCCGCCUGCCUGACAAAAACUCUGCGUUGGGUCACCCCCACACCUUCUUCUGUCGUCUGGAGCUGGGUUCGGACCGGGAGGUGCCAGCCUCGCUGCAGAGCCACCUGGAGGUCGAGUUUGACAUGCCCGCCGCCUCUGCCUCCAAAGCCACCGUCCGCUCCCUCUCUGUAGAGGACAGGGCAGACGCCAAGAAGUGGAUCAACUACAAAUCACACUACUCCUACCAGGUGCCUAUAGAACAGAAGACAGGCGGCCUCUCAGAGAGCAGCAGCCCUACACUGGACCAGGACCAGCCUGGAGAAUGUGCACAGCAGUGAACACACACACGGAUGUAGGGAGGGCGGGAGGAUUUGAUGACUGCUUUUUUCACAGGAGAAGGGAGAAAAGUCACUUUUUGCACUUUGAAGAACUGUACCGGAGGACUAGUUGGCUGAUGUUUGUGCAUAGAUUGGAUGUAGACUGUAUGUACACUGGACAUAACUGAUUCUCGAUAGGACAUCAACUUGACAUAGAAUGGGUCUAGUGGUUGUAGACUGGACAUAGACUAAAUCUACACUAGACCAACUGGUUAUAGACGGGUCGUGGACUGGUAUGACUAGAUGUACUGCCACCGGACAAUUUAUUAGGUACACCACCCCAUUCACGAAAAUGGAUAGCUCCUACAGACAGUGAGUCACAUGGCCAUGGCUUGCUAUAUAAAGCAGGCAUUGAGGCAUUCAGUUACUGUUCAGUUGAUUGUUAGAAUGGGCAAAACAAGUGACCUAAGCAACUUUGAGUGUAUUAUGAUCGACGGUGCCAGGUGCGCCGGUUCCAGUAUCUCAGAAACGUCCGGCCGCCUGGGCUUUUCACGCACAACAGUAUCUAGGGUUUACAGAGAAUGAGGCGACAAACAAAAACCAUCCAGUCAGCAGCAGUCCUAUGGGCAAAAACAGCUUGUUGAUCAAAGAGUUUGAAGGAAUCAGCAAGAAUUGUGCAAGUUAACAGGCGGGCCACAAUCAGGCAAAUAACGGCGCAGUACAACAGCGGUGAGCAGAACGGCAUCACGGAACGCACAACUCGUCAGUCCUUGUCAUGGAUGGGCUAUUGCAGCAGACGACCACGCCGGGUUCCACUCCUAUCAGCUAAAAACAAGAGGAAUCCGCUCCAGUGGGCAUGCAAUCACCAACACUGGACAAUUGAGGAGUGGAAAAUCAUUACCUGGAACAUGACAGUGAGUUCAGUUUACUUGAGUGGCCUAGUCAGUCCCCAGACCUCAACCCAAUAGAGCAUCUUUGGGAUGAGAUGGAACGGACUGUUCACAGCAUGAAUAUACCGCCAUCCAAUCUGCAGCAACUGCGUGAUGCCAUCGCGUCCACAUGGACCAACAUCCCUGUGGAAUGUUUCCGAGACCUUGUAGAAUUCCCCAAAUAAUUCAGGCUGUUCUGGAGUCAAAGGGGGGUCCGACCCGGUACUAUAUGGGUGUACCUAAUAAAUUGGUCGGUGAGUGUAGAUUCUGCUUUGUUGUAGACUAGAUAUAAACUGGACUAAACUGGUUGUAGAAUGGAUAUGACUAGAUGUAAACUGGAUAUACUCUACUUAAACUAGUCGUAAACUGGAUAUAGACUGGACUUAGACUAGGGAAACUCAUUAGACUGGAGGCUAGUUAAGGAUCUUGCUUUGUUCAUUUGUUUAUUUUCUUAAAAAUGCUGAUUUGGGCAGACUAGUCUUACUGAGGGAGAGCUAUUAGUUUUAUAUGAUGAUUCAUUUAUUGUGAGUGGAUCGGCUUGGCCUUGUGGUCUUACCCCAUUGGGGUACAGCAAGGGCAACGUUACAGAUCGUUCAGAUAGAAAUGCAUUGCGCAAAACAGAUGAUUGUCUGUGAGAGUCAAAUAUUGUGGUAUGAUGGGGAUUAGUCUGACAUUGUAAAGCCUGGCAUUUCAGUAAACCAGGACAUUGAGAUAAGUGAAAUAAGUGCCAGGAGUACAGUCAUUACAGUCUUAGUGGAUUUCAUGCACUCUUGAGGCUAAUCAAAGCACUAGCUAAUGUGCUUCUACAGUACGUGUUUGCUUCAGUGUUCAUUGACCUUCCACACAAUUCUCAAUCAAUAGAUUUAAGAGGCUUACAUUGGUUUACAUAGUAGAGACAAAAUGGCUCUUCAAUAUGCCCCCCCCCCAAGGUCUUACAGGUACUUCGGUCCUGUCAUUUCACAUAGUCGUCUUAACCAGUCUUUCCGUGAGUUAACAACAGUCAAUACUGCAAUUGGUGAUGAUGAUGAUGAUGCAGAGUUCUAAUACGCUAAUGACAACAUACUGUAGUUUGGCUAUUUUGGCUGUACUUGGAAACUGCAGCAUUUUUUUUUUUUAAAUACAUUUUUUGUUUUUAUAAAUGUGCUUUACAUGUACAAUGUGCAUCCAUCCGUAUUACUAACAUUGACUCAAUGUGAACAAGAUACUGUAUGUACAAAACAUAACUAUAUCCUGCAUCUGCAGGUCUAAACACUGAUGUCCACUUUUUUCUAGCUGCUCCGUUGUGUAGUUGAUCACAAUUGUAGGUUACUGUUGUCGUUCAGUUGGUACAUUUUGUGCAAAAAAAUGCUUCUUUAUUGAAAAUGGCCCUUACUUGAAGCAUCUCAAAACAUCCCUUAGCAGAGGGAAUUUUGUUCUCAGCAGCGCAAUAAAUCAAACUCAACAAAUGUACUGAUAGGGGGGGGGGGGGGGUUGUUGUUGUUUAGGACAAUGCACAAUGUGUUUUUGUAGUGAGGAAACAUGAAAUAAUUCAUUGUAAUUAUAUAGAGAGUGAAUGGUUUAUAUAUUUUUUCUUCUAGAUGAUUAACACGUUUUUCAUGUAAAAUUUUGUCAAGUGAGUGGAAUGUUAGAAAAUAGGUCUUAACGGGAUCUGGGUUACCUAGUUUACCAUCUCUGAGAAAAAAAACAUGGAAAUGGGUAAAUCCAGAUCUGGAUGGGAAACUAGUCCAGAAAAUCAUAUACAAUAGAACAUUUGAAUAAUUUGAAAAUAUGUUUUCAAGCUCAAGAUAUCUAGACCUCUUUUGAGACCUCAUUUGAUUUUCAAAGAAAAGCCUGUUGUAUACAUUUCAAUGGUUUUCCAAGAAAACUUGAACUCCUUAGAAAAAAAACAACAACAUUGUUAUUUUUAUUCUUUAUGACAAAACACCAUAUGACUGUGCUCUGCUUCUGUGUACCUAAAAAGAUGCAUUGUGGGUCAUGGGAUUAGUCUAUUUUGGUAACAUGGUUUUGUGUUCCGUACAUGGCAACUGUUUAUAUCAUUAGCUGCAACCUGUAAAUAAUCCAUUCUGCAACACUAGACGGAUAAGAUCUGUACCUUUGACAGAUCCAAUUGGAGAACUCAAGAAUGCUAGAGGUAUAUUUGCUGAAAAUUAUACUUUAAACUGGAAAAAGUAAUUAAAUAUAUUUUUCUCUUUUGA